GCCCUGCGUCUCCUGGCGGCGCCAGCGGCUCCCUGGGUUGGACAAGUGGCGGGCAGGGAGCCAGCAGCGCCCAAGUUAUUAAUCAGGGGCCGGGCGGCGGCGGCUGAGGAGCGGCAGCAGCUGUUGGAGGGGCAGGUCAGGGCUGCGGAGACUGCGCUGUGGCUGCGCGACGGGAGACGCUCGCCUCGCUGCCUUCCACCUGCAGCCAUUUGCCAAGGGCGGGCUUCGGCGCAGGGCGAGACGCACCCGAGCCGCAGCCGCAGCCGCCUGGACAGCGCUUGGGUGGCGCUCUGCACGGGGGCCGUCCAUGAACAGCAGCGCCGGCUCCGGAGGCGAGAUGGAGGUUGAUAGUGACAAACAGGAAAUAUUCCAGAGGAAGAGGAAUGCUGUCUUGGUGAAUGGUGUCCUUCUGAAUGGCCCAAUAACAGAUUCAAAAUCAGGAGAAAAAUUUGUAGAAGAUGCCUGUAAGAUCAUAAUGGAGGAGGUCAUACAGAAAGCUGCUGAUGUAACAGAGAAGGUUUGUGAAUGGCAGCCUCCAGAAAAACUGAAAAAACUUCUCGAUCUGGAAAUGAGGGAUACCGGAGAGCCGCAUCAGAGACUCUUGCAACUUUGCCAGGACGUUAUUCGAUACAGCGUUAAAACUAAUCAUCCAAGAUUUUUCAAUCAGUUGUAUGCUGGUAUUGAUUAUUACUCUUUAGUGGCUCGUUUCAUUACAGAAGCAUUAAACCCAAGUGUAUAUACAUAUGAGGUGUCCCCUGUGUUUUUGUUAGUGGAAGAAGCAGUCCUGAAGAGAAUGAUUGAAUUCAUAGGCUGGAAAGAAGGUGAUGGCAUAUUUAAUCCAGGUGGCUCUGUUUCUAAUAUGUAUGCUAUGAACUUAGCUAGGUAUAAAUAUUGUCCUGACAUAAAGGAAAAGGGGCUUUCAGGGCUGCCAAGACUGGUCCUGUUUACAUCAGAAGAGUGUCAUUACUCCAUGAACAAGGCAGCUUCUUUCCUGGGCAUUGGCACGCAGAAUGUUUACUUCAUCACAACAGAUGCAAGAGGUAAGAUGAUACCUGAGGAACUGGAGAAACAAGUCCAGCGGGCCAGGAAAGAGGGGGCAGCACCAUUUCUUGUCUGUGCCACAGCUGGUACAACUGUGUUGGGAGCAUUUGAUCCUCUGGAUAAAAUAGCUGAUAUCUGUGAAAAACAUGGUCUUUGGCUGCAUGUGGAUGCAUCUUGGGGUGGCUCAGCUUUGAUGUCAAGGAAGCAUCGUAAGCUUCUGCAUGGCAUUCACAGGGCUGAUUCUGUUGCCUGGAAUCCCCAUAAAAUGCUGAUGGCAGGAAUCCAGUGCUGUGCUCUUCUGGUGAAAGACAACUCUGACCUGCUUAAGAAAUGCUACUCUGCCAAGGCCUCCUACCUUUUCCAGCAGGACAAGUUCUAUGAUGUCAGCUACGACACAGGAGACAAGUCUAUUCAGUGUAGCCGACGACCAGAUGCAUUUAAAUUCUGGAUGACGUGGAAGGCAUUGGGAACUACAGGACUUGAGGAACGAGUAAACAGAGCCCUUGCCUUAGCUAGAUACCUAGUCGAUGAAAUUAAGAAAAGAGAAGGAUUCCAGCUUCUGUUGGAGCCAGAGUAUGCGAACAUUUGCUUUUGGUACAUUCCAUCAAGCUUAAGAAAAAUGGAGGAAGGACCUGAGUUCUGGGAGAAGCUCCAUCAGGUUGCUCCUGUAAUUAAAGAGAGAAUGAUGAAGAAAGGCAGCAUGAUGUUAGGGUAUCAACCCCACCGUGGCAAAGUCAACUUCUUUCGCCAGGUAGUGAUCAGUCCCCAGGUGAGCCGUGAGGACAUGGACUUCCUGCUGGACGAGAUCGACUUGCUUGGCAGAGACUUGUAGCUGUAGUUCAACAGCACCAGGCGCUGCUUAUAUGCAUGAUGUUUACAGAUCAAGAAUAUCAGCUGCGUAAAUGGCACCAUCACUACUGUUCUGAGAAGGUGAUGUUUCUGAGAAUGACCUCCUAUAUGCUAAUAAGGCAGGUAUUUGGCAGGUACCAGUGGACAGCCUGGGCCAGAUUGGCCGCUGACAUAAGUGGGCAUGACAUCAUUAACUUCAGUGGAGUCAUGCCUGCUUAUAUCAGCCAUGAAUUUAGCUCAGUGAGUAUUAAAAUCAAAGCACAUCUCUAAUACGUUAAUAUUUGAGCCUGGCAUGCAUUUAAGGAUAAAGGCCCAGUUGGUGAUUGAACUAGUGGGUCCUGUGGCUCUCUUAAUGAAAGCCCCUAAACAGAAAAUUUCCCAGCACAAAAUGGGCCCAAUCAGCCUUCGCCCACCCAUAAACCUACCAUGAUUUUAGCAGAGCUGAGAUUGAACUAGUGGGUCCUGUGGCUCUCUUAAUGAAAGCCCCUAAACAGAAAAUUUCCCAGCACAAAAUGGGCCCAAUCAGCAUUCGCCCACCCAUAAACCUACCAUGAUUUUAGCAGUGCUGAGAAUGUUGGAAUGGAGAUAGUAUCAUUUUUUUUAACUUUUUGUCAACAGGAGAUGUGUAAACAUUUCUUUAGCAGCUUUAGACGCACGAUAAAAUUUUAAUCAAAAAGUUAGAAAAAUAUAUUUAUCUUAAAGGGGUGUGUUUUAUAUGUAGGGUAGCUAUUCAUUAAGAAUUGAUGUAACAAAGCAUUGUAUUUAUCAUGGUUCCUUAUGAUAUUCCUACAGAUUUUAAAACCGCUAGCUCUCGUGUGAUCAGUGUGUAAUUCUUUUUUGGCGUUAAACUUAAGCUGCUGUAUAAGUUAAAAUUUGUCUGUGAUUUUAGCAUAUGAACAUUGUUAAAAAAUAAGUGAAAUACCAAAAUUAAAUUCUAACCUUUAUAGUUAUUCAGAAUUACAUUAUAUUUAGACAAAUAAUUUUGUGAGUGGUCUAGUUUAAUUUUUUCUAUCUAUAAAAUGAUUCUUUCAAUCAUAAAAACAGAAAUCAUAAACGUAUCUUUUGGUGGGAGUUCUAGCAGUAAAUUUAAGGAAAUGGCCACAUUUUUCACUUCUAACUUGUGACACUAACUUACUUUGAUGUUUUAUUCUUUGUUCCAUAAUCUGUCUUUGAGGAAGCAUUGACCAAUAUGAACUUUUUUGUUGUAAUGUAUCUGUAUUGUUGAAAGCUGACUUUAAAUGCAGUGCUGGAUGUUUUCAUUUCAUGUAUUGUGGUAGUAUCAAGUAUUGUAGAACAUUCCCGUUUUCAGUCUCCAAGAUACCAGUGUGGAAAGUUCGCCAGUAUCAGUCACACUAUCAGAGCAGUAGAUGGGAACAAGAGCUUGAUAGACCUCUGCAGAGUAUACUGGGAAUGGAUACUUUUGAGCCAUGGUAAACCAUUAAUAUUAUUGGGGAGUUCUUGAUAAAAGUCAUUGGCAUAACAUAACCCAUUGGUUUUGCCCUGUAAUACUUUACCGGUUCACAUCAUCAAACGCUACCUAUGAUUAAGGCUCCAUGUUUGUCACGGAGGUCACGUGACCUCCGUGACUUCUUCAGCAGCUGGUGUGCCUGGCCCGGGGGCUGCCCGAGACACUCAGGCAGCCCCUGGACCAGGCGCGCUGACGGCUGCUGGGGCAGUCUUGGGCCCCCCCCCGCCCUCCAGCAGCAGGAGUUUGGGUGCUUACCUGGAGGGGGGAGGGCUGCCCUCCCUCAGCUCCUAGCUCCAGGUGCUGCCUCUGCCUGCAGGCACCACCCCACAGCCCUCAUUGGCCAUGGUUCCCAGCCAAUGGGAGCUGCAGAACCAGGUCUUGGGGCUGAGCGGAGGCAGCAGCAUGUGGAGCUCAGGAGCUGAGUAGGGAGCAUGUCCCAGCCCUGCCAAUCCUCCCCCAUGGUGCGCCGCCCCCCCUCCCGCCCCCCGGCCGCUACUCUCCUCCCCGAGCACCCAAGGCGACCCGCCUGGCUGCACCCCAUCCUGAGACCUUGGGGCUCCCCCUACCCCAGGCCGUGCCUCCCGCAUCACCCCUCGAGCUGUCCCCCCCCCCAAGUUUUAGCCAGGGGUAUAUAGUAAAAGUCACAGGCUGUGAAUUUUUGUUUACUGCCUGUGACCUGUCCGUGACUUUUACUAAAAAUACCCGUGACUAAAACAGGUUUCAGAGUAGCAGCCGUGUUAAUCUGUAUCCGCAAAAAGAACAGGAGUACUUGUGGCACCUUAGAGACUAACAAAUUUAUUAGAGCAUAAGAUUUCGUGGA